AUGCUGUGUCGUUCGUUAGUCCGUCGUUGCCAGGACGGACCGCAGGGUUUGGCACCAAGAUUUUCCUUACACCAUCUAUUAGGGAAGUAUCAGUGUAUUAAGGAAGAUGACCAUCAUUCCUAUGGAGAAAUGGAAAUUCCAGUUCCUCCUUUUGGCUGUAGCUUUUCAACAGCUCCAGAUGUGCAAUAUAUACUUGGUGUUGCCAAUGAAGAGGGAUUUGUUAGGCUGUAUGAUACCCGUACACAAUUGAGCGACAGAAAAAUCGUUAAAGAAUGGCAAGCUCAUUUAAAUGCUGUGUUUGAUCUUGCAUGGACGCCCUAUGAACACAAAAUUGUUACUGCUUCAGGGGAUCAAACUGCAAAAGUGUGGGAUAUAAAGACUGGUGAACUCUUGGGAGUGUGCAAAGGACAUCAGUGCAGUCUCAAAUCAGUUGCUUUUUCUAAAUUUGAAAAAGCUGUGUUCUGUACUGGAGGAAGGGAUGGAAAUAUCAUGAUCUGGGACACUCGAUGCAGUAAGAAAGAUGGAUUUUACAGACAAGUUAAACAAAUAAGUGGUGCCCACAACAUCAUGGAUAAAACACCAUCCAAACUGAGGAAGAAAAAACAGAAUGUGAAAGGACUUGCACCCUCAGUGGAUUUUCAGCAGAGUGUAACAGUGGUACUACUUCAAGAUGAACAUACCUUAAUCUCAGCAGGGGCUGUUGAUGGUGUGAUCAAAAUAUGGGAUCUGCGCAAGAACUACAAUGUAUACCGGCAGGAACCAGUGCCCUCCAGAGUUUUCAGCUAUCCUGGGAACAGUACCCGUAAACUUGGAUAUUCCAAUCUUAUUUUGGAUUCCACUGGUACCAACCUAUUUGCUAAUUGCACUGAUGAUAAUAUAUACAUGUUCUGUAUGCCAAGUCUGAAGAAUACUCCAGUGUCAGUUUUCAGUGGACAUCAAAAUUCCAGCUUCUAUGUCAAAUCCAGCAUUAGCCCAGAUAACCAGUUCUUAAUCAGUGGGUCAAGUGACCAGUGUGCCUAUAUCUGGAAGGUAUCUGAACCACAACUUCCUCCAAUGGUACUUCAUGGCCACCUGCAAGAGGUCACUUCUGUCGCCUGGUGUCCAUCUGAUUUCACUAAGAUUUCCACUUGUUCAGAUGACAACACUAUCAAAAUUUGGCGCUUGAGGCAAAACAUCAAAGAAAAGACCUGGACAGACAAAACCAGAUUGGUGGGUUGGACUAAUCAAAAGACCUUAGCAGAACAAAACAAAAUAGAAGUUCUUAGCAGCAGGCAUGGUACUCCACCUAAAGUUCUUCCAACAGGCAGCCCUCCUAUUUCUUCACCACAGCCAGCUGCUUGUGCUCCAACUUACACGGGAGAUCUUCCACUUCCUACCAACACACCAACAUCAUCUUCUGCCAAGACACCAACCAUCUCAAUUUGCACCUUCACUUCUGCAAAGCAGAAAGUCACUUCAAGCACCUUAUCAAAACUAACACUUUCCUCAACUACGUCCAUUCAACAGUGGGCUACGAAGACUCCAAAUUCAUCUCCACCUAUAAAGGAAACAAAGAUAGUUUCUCCACAAAUAGCUGCAGCAGAUAUUCCUGACACUGCCUUUGCUUCCACCUCACCACAUCCGAGGUCAGAAACACGUGCCAAGAGAAGGUUAGAAUCCAGUAGGGAAGAAAAUAUGAUGUGUCUCAAAAUUUGUAACUGUAUGACUGAACAUCAUCCAGAGUCUAAGAAAUCCAGACAAGAACAGUUCACUUUGGCAGCAAGUUCAAAGCCUUGUAGAGGAAACUACCUUACUCUUAAUGGAGAAGUACAGAAUAUUCAAAGCUUGAAAGAGCCCUUUUCUCCUAGUAGUCCUUGUUCUUCUGCCACUUGUCUAAAUUAUCCACAUCUUAUGGAGACACCUUGUGAGAAGAUGGUUGACAAGGAGAAUGGUUCUACUGACAAAAGAACCUGGCUGUCUGAUUUGGGAAAUAAACUACGAACUAACAAAACGAAUAACUCCAGUGGGUCAUCCUCACCAUUACGGAAUCCAAGCACAAAACGAAUGGAAGCUAGGACAGGAGCUACAUCACCAGGGCCUAUUAUAACUACAAUAACAAUGAGGAAGAUUUGUUCAUACUUCGAGCGAAAGUCGCAAAAAAACUAAAGAACUAUGAGUGUACCUUAAUGAUGAAACAUGCUUUUUAUUAACCCAGAUGGAUGUAGUUUUAUUCACAAAAAAGAUUCCCAUGCAUUUUAAUUAAAACUGCUUCCUGUGGUUUUUUUUUCUAUUUACUGUCUUGCAUUUAAUUCGUUA